CUUAGCCCGCUCUUCUGGCCCCGCCCCACGCCAGCGCGGUCCGCCUCGCGCUACGCGUAGGAAGGCGGGGCCUAGGGGCAAGACGGCGGAGCCAGUCCGGGUCCCGCAGACUACUCUUCCCCAUGGCGGACUGUGCUGGGCCGGGUACUGCCGGCCGCAAGGCCGGGACUCCUCGCCGCUCUCGAAAAGCCGCAGGUACUAAACAGACAACUACUUUGAAACCAGAAGAUGCUUCUAAAAGGAAAGCAGAACUAGAAGCAGCUGUGAGAAAGAAGAUUGAAUUUGAAAGAAAAGCUCUACAUAUUGUUGAACAGCUUUUAGAAGAGAAUAUUACAGAAGAGUUCCUAAUGGAGUGUGGGAAGUUCAUUACACCUGCUCACUACAGCGAUAUCGUGGAUGAACGUUCUAUUGUCAAACUCUGUGGUUAUCCUUUAUGUCAGAAGAAGCUGGGAAUUGUACCAAAACAGAAAUAUAAAAUUUCUACCAAGACCAAUAAAGUCUAUGAUAUUACUGAAAGAAAGUCUUUUUGCAGCAAUUUUUGUUAUCAAGCAUCUAAGUUUUUUGAAGCACAAAUUCCCAAAACUCCAGUAUGGGUUCGAGAAGAAGAGAGGCAUCCCGAUUUUCAACUGCUAAAGGAAGAACAGAGUGGCCGUUCUGGAGAAGAAGUACAGUUAUGCAGUAGAGCCAUUAAAACAUCAGAUAUCGACAAUCCUAGCCACUUUGAAAAGCAAUAUGAAUCUUGUUCUUCUAGCACUCACAGUGAUAGUAGCAGUGACAAUGAGCAAAACUUUGUUUCCUCUAUUCUACCAGGAAACAGACCAAAUUCAACAAGUAUUAGACCACAGCUGCACCAAAAAAUCAUAAUGAAAAAGAAAGCUGGUCACAAAGCUGACUCCAAACACAAAGACAAAGAACAGACAGUAGUAGAUGUCACCGAGCAGUCCGGCAAUUGCAAAUUAGAUAGUCAGGACAAAGAUGCUACAUGUGAACUUCCUUUACAGAAAGUAAAUACUCAGAGUUCUUCAAGUAGCACUUUGCCUGAAAGAUUAAAAGCUUCAGAAAAUUCUGAAAGUGAAUACAGUAGGUCAGAAAUAACUCUAGUAGGCAUAAGUAAGAAAAGUGCAGAGCAUUUUAAGAGAAAAUUUGCCAAAUCAAACCAAGUGUCUAGGUCAGUCUCUAGUUCAGUGCAGGUGUGUCCUGAAGUUGGAAAGAGGAACUUACUUAAAGUUUUGAAGGAGACUUUGAUUGAGUGGAAGACAGAAGAAACUUUGAGGUUUUUGUAUGGCCAGAAUUAUGCUUCUGUGUGUCUGAAACCUGAAGCCUGUCUGGUUAAAGAAGAACUUGAUGAAGAUGACAUAAUCCCAGAUCCAGAUAGUCAUUCCCCUGCCUGGAGGGAAUCUCAGAACAGCUUGGAUGAGUCUUUACCUUUUAGGGGCUCAGAUACAGCCAUUAAACCACUGCCGAGUUACGAGAAUUUGAAAAAAGAAACUGAAAAGUUAAAUCUGAGGAUCAGGGAGUUUUAUAGAGGACGGUAUGUUUUGGAUGAAGAAACCACCAAAUCACAAGACUCAGAAGAGCAUGAUUCCACCUUUCCACUGAUAGACUCAAGUUCCCAGAACCAGAUUAGAAAACGCAUCGUACUUGAAAAGUUGAGUAAAGUAUUGCCUGGGCUUCUGGGUCCUCUUCAGAUUACAUUGGGAGAUAUUUACACACAACUUAAAAAUCUUGUUCGAACUUUCAGGUUAACAAAUAGAAAUAUUAUACACAAACCUGCGGAAUGGACUUUAAUUGCUAUGGUGUUGCUGUCAUUUCUUCUGUGACCUCUGUCAGUAUUCUUGAGCCUGCAACACAAGAGCAGACUGUGCUGAUGGUGACCUAAAACUGAGAAAUACAGGGAAAUGUCCAAACCAAAACUGGCAGCCAAAGAGAAGACAUAUAGAAGGCUAUCGAGAAGCAGCUUAACUGGCCUGAGUUCCUUUGUGUGCAGCCUAUGUGCAGAAAUGGGAAUCAGGUUUCCUCAAGAGUGCUUAUACUUAAAAUGUAACUUUUCCACCCAAGUUUAAUAUAAAAGCUUUGUAAAUAAGCCACUACUUUGUUUUCUGAUGGUCUAUGGUUAAUUGUAUCAUAAGAGUCAAAUGUCUCUUGGUGACCAGGGAGAGAGGGAGGUGUGUGUUGUGUUCUGUGUGAAUUAUUUGGUUAUCCAUUGAAGGAGAUGAAUACUUUGUAUUACUCAGAAAGGAUAGAGGAUAAAGUGACGUGUAGUAGUCUAACAUGGAUACAUGUUCUUCCUAGUUCUAUGCCCUUGAUGUUCUCUAAUGGAAAGCUUUCAAGACCAUCUCCAAAAAUGUCUGCUUUCAUUUUAUUUAUCUGAACUGGCUGUUUCCAGUGAACUGUGGCCCGCUUCCUAGGCAGAGACCAUACAAUAGUUUAUUCUCUCUAAAAGCUUUGAGUAUUCCUGUCGUUCAGGGAGUAAGCAUAUAAGUCCUGGGAAAUGGUAUUUAAACAGCUCAACUUGACCAUGAUCGCUAAACAAAAGCCAUCACUGGACAUGGGCAGCCACUUUAGGUAACCAUCAUACAGAUAGAGACUCUGGAGAGUCACUUCCCUAGGGCUACCAGGCCUGAAUGGAAAGAUGUGACUAAGGCUUUUGCCUCAGCAGGCUGGUUUUUUAAAGCCUGCCUAUUGCUAAUUUCCUCAGAAAAAUCUGUGAACAUACCAUGAAAAACAAAGAGAUGGUUCCUUAGAAAUCUAUUGGUUACAAGUAUUCCCAGCUCUUUCCCUUAGCAGUCCAAAUUUAAUUUUAGGUAUUUGAGACCAUAUUUGAAGAUCAUUGAAAUUAGUUUUUUAUAUUUCCUUACAAUUAUGGAAUUUUUAUAUUUAACUGAGCUGUUUAAAGUUGAGAUAAAAUUCAUAUACAGUUUACCAUUUGUAUAUUUUAAAAUAUACAAAAUAUACAGUUCACUGGUUUUUAGUAUAUUCACUAUGUUGUACAACCGUCACCACUUAUCUAAUUCUGGAACAUUUCUGUCACCCAAAAAAGAAACCUCCUAUCUAUUAGUUCAGUCCCACUUUCCCUUCCUCCAGUCCUCUGGCAACCAUAAAUCCAUUCUCUAUCUUGACGGAUUUAUCUAUUUCUGAACUUUUCAUAUAAAUGGAAUCAUAUAUGACCUUUUAUAUCUGGCUUCUUUCACUUAAUGUGUUUUCAAGAUUCAUCCAUUUUGUAGCAUGUAACAGUACU